AUGGAGUUCAAACUCACUGAGCUACCGGACACCCAAAUCCCGACAUCGUCACUUACACGAGAUGAUAUUGCAAAGAAAAUCCCAGGUCUUUUGUCACUUUACGAUGAGUUCCCGCACAUCAUCUACACUGCGUCAGACCCCGUCUUUGAGACGAUAAGCCCUUCAUUCAACAGAGGCACCACCACCAGGCCCCUAGCCGUGGUUCGCGCCCUAGAAGAAUCUCAUGUUCAAGCCACCAUUAAAGCAGUUCAGGCGGCAGGCUUGCAAUUCGCGAUCCGCUCUGGAGGAGCAGAGCUGGAGGGACGAAACUUUCGCGGAAUCGGAAGCGGAGUCAUGAUUGAUACACGCAGCUUGUGUUCCAUCAAAGUAGCGGAAGACAAGAAGUCUGCAGUUAUUGGUGGCGGCACUAUUGCAGGUGAUCUUGCUCUUGCUCUUAGCAGUCAAGGCGCUUUUACACCUGUAGGAUGGCAUCCGAGACUGGGAUAUGCCGGAUGGUCAAUGGCGGGUGGAUACGGCAUGUAUGCCUCUUCGUACGGCCUUGGAGUUGAUCACAUCCUCGGUGUACGGAUUGUUCUUGCUGACGGAUCUGUGGUGGUGGCUGACGAGAACAACCACCAAGAUUUACUUUGGGCUCUGAGAGGCGCUGGAAACGGCAUCUGGGGAGUUGUGACGCAGUUUACCAUCAAAACAUAUCCUGCACCGAAGCUUUUGAUUGGCAGUGUCAAGUUUGCAAAGAAGGAUUGGCCAGCUGUGAUGGCCGAAUGGGUGAAAAACAUUGAACCCAAUCUUCCAGAGGAACUUGCAGGCGACAUUUAUUUCAGGAACAAUGACUUGGAAACGCCAGAGAUGAAUGUCUUGUUUGCAUGGUGUGCCAAGGAAGGCGAUGAUCUGCAAAGGGGGUGGGACUACUUUGAGAAGAUCAAGUCUCUACCUGGAGCAGAUGUUGUCCGUAUUGGAGAAUGUGAGUUUCUUGCCGUCGACUAA